AUGACCCAGCGUCACACAGCAAAGGGCAUCCUCGACAAGGUCCUGGAAGAUGAGGAGAUCAUUCGGGAAUUCCUGGAGAAAGAGCACACUGAUACAGUAUACCGUUCUCCAAGAUCUCCAGGGGAAAAUGCCAGAACCGCAGCAUACAAUGCCCAACCAGACAACCAACCCUUCAAUUUACUCCGGCUCCUCUGUGUCAGAGAUUUGGCUAUUGACUACGUGCACAUAUGGCAGCGCUCUAAACUACAGGGGAGAAGAUACGGUACCAUUGACGGCUUUGUCCAGAAACGAGGACUUCCGGAUGGAAUCACUAGGAAAGCCUUGAAAAUCGGUCAAAAAUUAAUUGAUCUAGAAAAUCAGUGUGGAAUUGCCGGAGUCUCCUUGGUUCUACUGCCAGCAUGGUACAUGUUUGAGCAUUUUUCAGAAAUUGAAGAACUUGCCAGACUCUUAUUAAGUGAUCAAUGGGAUGGACUCCGGUCCUAUAGUGUCUCAAUGUCGACAGUUAUUUCUACCUACCAGGAGCUGUAUUUCCUAACUAUAACAUCCAGCUAG